AUGCACCGGGGAUUUAUUGAGCUUACCGAAAAUAAAGAUGAACUUCUUUCUUUCUUUCUUUCUUUUAUUUUCUAUUCUAACUUACUUUCUUUUCUUUUUUCUUUCUUUUCUUUUCUUUCUUUCUUUCUUUCUUUCUUUCCAUUUCUUUCUUUUCUUUUCUUUCUCUUCUUUCUUUCUUUUCCUUUUUUUCUUUCUUUUAUUCUUUCUUUUCUUUCUUUCUUAUUUCUCUUCUUAAACUUUUCUACUGCUUUCUCUAUUUUUUGUAAGUUCCUCCUUUCUUUUUCUUUUUUUCAGUCUUUCCGUCUGUUUCGUUUUCCAUUCCUUUAUUUAAUGCGGCUUCUUUCUCAAACUCUUCUUUCUUUCUUUCUCAAACUCUUCUUUCUUUCUUUCUCAAACUCUUCUUUCUUUCUUUCUUUCUUUCUCAAACUCUUCUUUCUUUCUUUCUUUCUUUCUCAAACUCUUCUUUCUUUCUUUCUUUCUUUCUCAAACUCUUCUUUCUUUCUUUCUUUCUCAAACUCUUCUUUCUUUCUUUCUUUCUCAAACUCUUCUUUCUUUUCUUUCUUUUCUUUCUUUUUUUUUCAAACUCUUCUUUUUUUUCUUUCUUUUCUUUCUCAAACUCUUUUUUUCUUUCUUUCUUUUUUUUUCAAACUCUUCUUUUCUUUCUUUUUUUCUUUCUUUCUUUCUCAAACUCUUCUUCUUUCUUUCUUUCUUUCUUUCUUUCUCAAUUCUUCUUUCUUUCUUUCUUUCUUUUCUCAAACUCUUCUUUCUUUUUUUUCUUUCUCAAACUUUCUUUUUUUUCUUUCUCAAACUCUUCUUUUCUUUUCUUUCUUUUUCAAACUCUUCUUUCUUUCUUUCUUUCUCAAACUCUUUCUUUCUUUCUUUCUUCCUUCUUUCUUUUUUCAAACUCUUCUUUUCUUUUCUUUCUUUCUUUCUCAAACUCUUCUUUUCUUUUCUUUUUCUUUCUUUCUCAAACUCUUCUUUCUUUUCUUUCUUUUCUUUUUCAAACUCUUCUUUCUUUCUUUUCUUUCUCAAACUCUUCUUUCUUUCUUUCUUUUUUUCUCAAACUCUUCUUUCUUUUUUUUUCUUUCUUUCUUUUUUCAAACUCUUCUUUCUUUCUUUCUCAAACUCUUCUUUCUUUCUUUCUUUCUCAAACUCUUCUUUCUUUCUUUCUUUUUUUCAAACUCUUCUUUCUUUCUUUCUUUCUUUCUUUUUUCAAACUCUUCUUUCUUUCUUUCUCAAACUCUUCUUCUUUUUUUUCUUUUUUUUCUCAAACUCUUCUUUCUUUCUUUCUUUUCUUUCUCAAACUCUUCUUUCUUUUUCUGUCUUUCUUUCUCAAACUCUUCUUUCUUUCUUUCUUUCUCAAACUCCUCUUUCUUUCUUUCUUUCUUUCUCAAACUCUUCUUUCUUUCUUUCUUUCUCAAACUCUUCUUUCUUUCUUUCUUUCUUUCUUUUCUCAAACUCUUCUUUCUUUCUUUCUUUCUUUCUCAAACUCUUCUUUCUUUCUUUCUUUCUUUCUUUUUCAAACUCUUCUUUCUUUCUUUCUUUUCUCAAACUCUUCUUUCUUUCUUUCUUUCUUUCUUUCUCAAACUCUUCUUUCUUUCUUUCUUUCUUUCUCAAACUCUUCCAUUGCUUUCUUUCUUUAUCCAUUGUUUCCCUUUUUGCUUUGUCCAUUCUUCAUUCCUUCUUUUCUGUCUUCCAUCAUUUAUUUUCAAUUUCAUUUUUCCAACAAUUCUUAAAACGAGCUUUUCUUUCCUUUUCCUUUCUUUUCUUUUUCUUUUCUUUCCUUUUCUUUUUCUUUUCUUUUCUUUCCUUUUCUUUUCUUUUCUUUUCUUUCUUUUCCUUUCUUUUCUUUUCUUUUCUUUCUUUUUCUUUUCUUUCCUUUUCCUUUCUUUUCUUUUCUUUCCUUUUCUUUUCCUUUCUUUUCUUUUCUUUCCUUUUCUUUUUCUUUCCUUUUCUUUUCCUUUCUUUUCUUUUCUUUCUUUUUCUUUUCUUUCCUUUUCCUUUCUUUUCUUUUCUUUUCUUUUCUUUUCUUUUCUUUCCUUUUCUUUUCUUUUCGUUGCUUAG